AUGGCAAUUUUUGAAAAUAUUAUUAAAUUUUUGAAUAAAAACAAUAAAAUAAAUAUGGAAAAUACCAUUUAUUCAAAUCCCAAUGACAAAUAUAAUAAUAAUUUUAAUAAUAAUAAUAAUAUUCAAAAAUGGAAAAUGCCCACUAUUAUAUUUUUAGGACCAGUCCAAGUUCCUGCUUAUAUAUAA